GGAGGAGGUUUGACUUGGCGAGGGAAGGUAAACAAAGCGACUGUCACGGGUUGUGGAACAUCAUAGUGGUCCUCUAGAACAUCCCUCCACCAUGAAGAUUUGUGGGCCUAAGUGCUCCUUGUGCUGCACUCUGCUUAGUGCGUGGGGCAUCGUACAGCUGGGAAUCAUGGCUGUUCUGUUCUGGGUGAAGUCUCCAGCCUUCAUCGAGGACCUGUCCAUCCCAGAGGAGGCUCACCACAACGCCGGGGAGUUCGUUGACGCCCUGGACAGAUCCUACAAGACGAUUGCUCAAAACUGUGGUAUUGCUGCCGGUAUGUACGUCAUCACUCUCAUCAUCUCCGGCUGGCAAGUCAUGGUUAACAAGAGAAGUUAGGUCGGUCAGCAGCAGCAGCAGCAGCAGCAGCAGCAGCAUUGAGGCAGCAGCUCGGCUUGCAAUAAUCAAUAGUUCAGCCGUGUGUAGGGAAGCAUGUGGUGUGUUUUGUUAAGUUUCUGGCCUUGUGUGACAGUCAGGGAGGUUCUGGUAUGUCUAACUUGAGAAUUGUAUGUUGGAUUUCUGGCCUUGUGUGCUAGUCAGAGAGGGACGUUACAUCAAACAAACCAACCUGAGAAUUGUGUGACAGUUAAGUAUAUGAGGGUACAUUAGACUAAUUGAAUUUUUUGAUCGUCAGGCUACCAAGAAAACAACUUUAAAAUUAACUGGGCCCUUUAGUGACAGGAUGACAAGUUACCUUGAGCUUUGUGCGACUGUCAUUGUACCAAGAAAACCAUCUUAAUUUACUGGGCUCUCUGUUGACUGUUACACUAUAAACUGGAGCCUAUAGUAACAGUUAGGAUACCAAGAGAAGACAGUAUACUAAACUUGCUUACUUUCUUCAUAUUUUCAUCAUAAACUGGACUGGACGUGACUUAACCAGGUGCCUUUUAACAUUAUUAGUGUUACCUCAAUACUUGAUGACAUCUGUGAUCUAUCUUGAAGCCUUCCCUGUCAUUCAUGAUGUCCUGUUCAAUUAGUCUUGUAGAACCAUUAAUUUCAUACAGCCAUAGUGAAGGGAGCCGCUGUUGCUGAUCAUACAAGCUGUCUGUUUUGUAUUAUGGUUGUGUCUGUCUGAGCAUAAGAAUGAAAAGCAUGGAUAAUAAUGUUUUGAGGUAUGAAUGCACUGGCUUGUAAAAAAAAGUGAGGAACAAAAUUACUCGAUUGUUGCAUUUGUGGAAAGUUGCAGAAAAGGAAAUAUUUUGAUGUUGCUUUUGACUUUUUAUCAUUUUAUCAGGUGAUCAUCUUCCUGUGUCUGUUGUUUAUUUGUGUGUGUGUUUGUCAGGUUUCGGAUAAUAUAUUUAUGGGUUAGUUUAUAGAAAAGUUUAUAUAUCAUAAGCAGAUGUCGCCUCAACUGAGAAUUGUAUUAUAUUUUGCCCAGACGACUCUGAGAAAAUUAUUAGAUUACUACUAGUGCCAUUUUUAAGAAGGAUAUAAAUUAAUACAUAGAUUUUUAGACAAUGAUUAAGUUUGAUAUAUAUUUUGACAUGUUUACUGGGUAUUUUUGGGUUAACCCCAGUCAGUCUGGUUUGGAGAUAUUGUGUGAUUUGGCAGGUACCUUGGUGCAGUGUGAUGGUAGGGAGAGGCCAAGCAGAGGGUGUGUGGCUUCACCCGUGCCCUUGCUCAGUAAAAGAUGAAUCCAACACUGAAUAUAGAAACUUUGUUUAUGUAAAAAAUUAUCAACUAUUUAUUGAUGAAAAAUUUACAGUAAGGCACAGAGUCACCAACAUAAGCACAUUGUUACUAUUACUGUGUAUAGGUAGUACAUUAGUUGUAUAGUGAUAAAAAAAAAAAAAAAAAACAAUUUGGAACCCAACAAGUUUCACUGUUUUCGUGUUCACUGACUGUUUACAUCAAGAGCAGUCACUGGUGUGAACUGAGGGUGAUUCUUGGACACGUAUAUAUACUGUAUAUUUAUGUACAUUCCAGCAGAGUUAUCUUAUAUGGUGUUAAAUAAAGUAUGUGAGAAAUGAA